AUGAACGCAACUGCGUUUGAGAAUGCAAGUACAGGGAACGUGACGGCUCCAAAUCUAGAUUUCACCAUGGGUUCAGCCAUCACUAAUAUAGCUUUAUUCUUUAUGGCUAUAAUUCCCAUCUAUAUUGGUUCUUUCCGAUCAACGAAAAGUAAAAAGUCAACCGAAGAGAAGUCAGUUGAAGUUGUUUCAGCCCAGGAUGCUGCUCUGUUUCCAUUCAUUGCUAGUGGAGCACUCUUUGGGAUUUACAUAAUAUUUAAGUAUAUUCCAAUUCAGUACAUCAACUACAUACUAAAGCUACAUUUUUCCUUCGUGGGUACUUGUGCUAUGUCUCGUUUAUUAUCACCAAUCUUCCGACCCUUCAUGCCAAAGUGUAUAAAGAAUGUUUGCUACAAACUUGAAUUCUCAAGAAGUUUAGAAUGCACUGAAGAUAGUUCGAAAUCAAAAUGGAACGUCUUGAACAACGUGGAUUUUUCGAUAGAAACCAAAGAUUUUUUGGGCACAGGUUUUGCUGUUUUACUUGGACUUUGGUAUUUUAUCUCUGGGCAUUGGAUGGCCAACAAUUUUAUUGCAGUGACGAUUGCGAUUUUAGCUAUUGAAUUUAUUAGACUGAAUAAAUUUGUCAACGGCAUUUUACUUCUCUGUGGACUGUUCGUAUACGACGUAUUUUGGGUUUUUUGGACUGGUGUUAUGGUGGCUGUUGCAAAGAAUUUGGAGGCUCCCAUCAAAGUUACUUUUCCACGUGAUUUCCUUACUCAUGGAUUUUAUGGAAAACAGUUGGCCUUACUUGGUCUUGGUGAUAUAGUUGUCCCAGGAAUAUUUAUUGCUAUGCUUCUUCGGUUCGAUACAAAACUUGGGCGCAAGAAUAGCUAUACUUACUUUUAUUGUGGUUACAUAGCCUAUAUUGCUGCUAUCCUAAUGACUUUUGUCAUGAUGCACGUAUUCAAUCAUGCUCAGCCAGCAUUACUUUAUCUGGUACCGGCUUGUUUAGGUGGUCCAUUGCUUACAGCUUUGGUGAAAAAUGAUAUUAGUGCAAUGUUCAAUUAUGAAGAUGAACCAGAAUCUGAGAAGACUACUGAACAACAAGACAGUCAAGUUGUAGUUGAUCCUAAGAAAACUGAGUAA